GUAAAAGUAACUACAAUUAAUUACCUAGUGUCUCUAAUUUACACACAUCUCUACUAAGCUCAUCUCAUCUCAAUAGACACUAUUUCAAGUUAAAACAUUCAAAUCCUCACAUGGCUUUCCUUACUUGAAUUAAGAUGAAAUUGGUAAAUAAAUGGAAUACCAAUUUUUUUAUUAAAAAAAGAGAGAGAAGAAAAUAGUAAUGAGAAAAGGAUGGGUAGAAUGGGAAAUUGCAAUGAACAAAUGAUGGGUGUAGUGAAUAGUUAGGAUUGUUGUAUAUAAACAAAAUUCAGAGACCGCCAUAGACAAAGAGCCAACAUACACAUUUUCCAUAUCGAUAAUUAAGAGAAAUGGUUUGCUUCUGUUUUCUGAUCCAUCAAAAGAGAAAGGUACGACAAACGAAGCCAGUGGCUGGAACCUGCUCCCGGUGCGGACGAGGAGCUCAGGUCGCGGAGAUGAAAACCUCCACCACAUUUUGCCGGAUUCCCAUCCACUCCACUUCAUGGAAGGCCAUCAUUUGUUCAACUUGUGGUGCUCUUCUUAAAUCCUAUAGAUAAAUUUCCAUUUUUCCCUUCUUUCUUAUUUCAGCUUCUCUUUGUAACAAAAUUGUAUAACCCUUCACUGGUGUCAACAAUUCCUUCUUUUUUGGCCUUUUUUUUUUUUUUUAUCGCUCUCUUCCUAUCUCUCUCUCUCUCUCGUUCUUGCUCAGCUUCUCGCUCACUCUGGAGAAGUGUGUUGCAUGCCAUGAUUAUACGUCUCGAAAAUUAUCGAUCAGUACUACUGCUUAGCGACGACAUAUGGUCCAUGGUUUGAGGGUUAUUCUACGGCUUGAGAGAGAUUACGAUGCUUGUGACUACAUCGCGGGCGGAAGUCAUCGGUCCUCGCUAACAAAGUGAAAAGCUCCAUUGAAGGAGGGGAAGAGAAAACGAGAGAAAUAGAGACAGAGAGAAAACUAGCUAGGAAAACAAACUAAAAAAGUUCAUUAAAUUUCUUUUUUUUUUUCUAAAGUAGGUCAAAUCUAGUGAAGUUUUUAGGUAUUUAUUCCACUUUUUCCUUUUUCUUUUUAAUUAACUUUGAUCAUCAUCUCAUGACCUAGUUACGUGUAGAUUGAUGUAUAUAUGUUUUAUUUUUAACGAAUGGUUCUUAAAUUCUUUGUGAGGUUCUUGAU